AUGCCGUCGCUACCACAAUCACCACUGUCGCCGCGCUUCCCGGGCGCGUCGCCGUCAUCGCCGCUGUUGGCAAGUUUCAACCCGGCAGAAUCUCAGCAGCGCGACUCUAUGGCCUCUGGAUCUUCGGGAGCUGGAAGUUCUGGGGCCGGACGCGACUCAUACUUCGCUCUGAGCCCUCCUCCGCGUUACCGUGACUCUGCAGCUCCAUCAAUAGCGCCGUCGAUGGCAGCCUCUGCGCGGGAUGAUGUUGUGUCCGAGUGGAACAUCUCUGCUACUGGACACCUGUACGCCGAUGGGAUGCUCGUCUCCGACCCGCCAGAACCAGACGACGAGCUGCAUCGCCCCGAUAAGUUUGAGGGCUCUUACGGAAGGGGCAACAUCUUUACCGCGCGCGGCAUCAGCAAUCUCGGGUUCUUGUUUCUUCUGACGGGCGGCUUGGUGAUGCUGUUUGCCGGCUGGCCAAUAUACGCACACUACACUCGUCCGUAUAUCCCACAUGAUGAUAAUGGCUACGAAGACACCAAUGCGAUUGGCUUCAACAGCAAUGCUGGUGGGAACUCAAGUUCAUCAUCUGGGAAUGGUGGCGCGAUGCAGGCGAAGGGUAAGAUGCCCUUACCGCAACUCGUCGAUCCGGAAACGCCGGAUGCUGCCAAGACGAAGAAGUCAUUCCGCGAUGGGGAGGAUUGGGAGCUUGUGUUCAGCGAUGAGUUCAACACCGACAAUCGCUCGUUCUAUCCUGGAGACGACCCGUACUGGACUGCAGCGGACUUACAUUACUGGGGCACGAACGAUCUCGAGUGGUACGACCCUCAAAUGGCCACUACGCGGGACGGAUACCUGCGCCUUCAGAUAAGGGAGGCGGAUCCGAUCAACAACCAUAACAUGAGCUUUAUGUCAGGAAUGAUCCAGUCCUGGAAUAAGCUCUGCUUCACCGGCGGUUUGAUCGAGGUCAGCGUGCAGUUACCGGGUACGAGCAACAAGCCAGGUCUUUGGCCAGCAGUCUGGGCGAUGGGCAAUCUGGGCCGCGCAGGAUACGGCGCUUCUCUUGAUGGCAUGUGGCCUUAUACCUACGAUCAUUGUGACGUUGGUACCUUGCCCAAUCAAACGUACCCUGGCACUUCGACCCCACUCGCGGCAGUUCAGAACGGCGACCCUUCAACGAACAAUAUGUUGUCGUACCUUCCUGGACAACGCCUGUCUGCCUGUACCUGUCCCGGUGAACCCCAUCCCGGCCCCACUCUGUCAAACGGAUCCUAUGUCGGGCGAGCCGCUCCCGAGAUCGACAUCUUCGAAGCACUAAACAAUGCUGGCUAUGGUCAAGUCUCUCAGUCUGCUCAAUGGGCCCCAUUCAACGCCGAAUACAAGUGGCUGAACGACUCGACGAACUUGCACAUCACCGACAAGACCGUAACCCAGCUUAACGAUUAUAUUGGCGGCUCGACCCAACAGACCACGUCAGGCUUGUCUGUUACGAAUCAGGACUGCUACGAGCUCGAGAAGGGAUGCUUCUCCGACUACGGUUUCGAGUACAAGCCCGGUUAUGCGGAGGACGAUGCGUACAUCACCUGGAUCGUGAACGACACAGCCGUCUGGGGACUUGAAGCCGCCGGACUAGCGGCUGAUCCGGAGACGGAGAUCCAUGCCAGGCCGGUCCCGUUCGAGCCGAUGUACAUCAUCAUGAACUUGGGAUUGUCCAAGAACUUCGUCUGGAACCUUGACUUAACAACGCUCACGUUCCCGGCAACCAUGCUGGUGGACUGGGUCAGGGUGUACCAGCCAAAGGGGAGCACGAACGUUGGGUGCGACCCCGCAAGCGCGCCUACAAAGACAUACAUUGACCAGCAUAUGGAAGCUUAUACUAAUCCCAACCUUACCAUCUGGGGCACGAACGGAGUGCCAGGCGGCGCGUACAUGCAGCCUCAACCCAAGAACUCCAUGAAAGAUGGUUGUUGA